UAAAAAUUAGUAUAUUAAAAAACUAAAGAUUAAUAAUUACUUCAAGCAAUUAUUAUUAAAAUGAGUUAAUAACUUCAUAAAUAGAAUCAAGCAGUAGACUAAAAUAGAAAUAGUCAAAGAAAUUAAGAAAUUAUUUAGAAUUAGAAUUACAUUUAGCCGAUUACAGAGUGGUAAGUUGAGUUUUAUAAUGUUGAAGAUAUGUGGAGAAAAAAUAAUGAAGUUAAAUAUAAUAAUUAUUUCGAUAAUCAGUAAAAUAUAGCAAAAGAAGUUGAAGUGACAUAAAAGAUAUUGGGUGAUAGCAGUCGUAUAGUAGAAAAAUUUAAUUUAGUUUAUCCAUAAGCAUAUCAAGUAGUUAGGUCAGUAAGAUAGGCAUAAACUUAAUCCUUAAACUAACUUAAUUAAUAAUAUCUUGAUUCUUUUGAAAACAAUAGGUUCAGUUUAGAUCUAAAUAAUCUUAAUGAUAAAAUACUAUUUAUUUUUAUUUCUCACUCUAGCCUAAUUUAAAACAGAGAACAGAGAAUUAAAAUUGAUUUGUAAUAGGAGACUGAAGUUCUUAAAUCAUUAGCUCAUUUUUAUAAAACAGGGAAUAUUAUUUAAAAAAAUUAUCUUCAUUUAAUUAAUUUAGACAUUCAUUAAAUAUCUUAAAUACUCAAAGAUGAAUCUUCAAUCUUAUCUUACAAAAGUUUGUGUGAUCAAAAAGCUGACUAUAAUACAAUUUAAUUUGAAUUUGUUAAUUAAAUGAAAAUAAUAAUGAAAAAUUAGAUUUCAAAUCUUAGUGACCAAAUAAUUUAAAGACAUGAAAGAAUUCUCAACGAUAUUUAGUCAAGCUUAUUAAUUAUAGAGAACAUUGAUUUGCAAGUAGUGUAUUCAAAUUGUGCAGCUGCUAAAGCUCUGGCUCUGUGCAAAAUAAAUUUUAACAUUGAUCAAAUUGCAAUUCUCUUAGAAGAGUUAGAAGAAACAAACAACAAAUUUUGCAAAGAGAUACUAGAGUAAAUCAGUUUAUUCUAAAAAGAUAAGAGAAAUGUACUCUAAUCGUAAAACACAUCCCUAGUCCAAAUUUUAGCUGAAUAAAUAUUAGAUAUAAUCAUUUUAGAAACUUAAAAAUAAAUUCAAUUCUAAUAAGCUUUAGAUAUGACUUAAAGUAAUAUUGUCCUUGCUAACAAUAGCAUUUCGAGAUAAAUUCCAAGAGAAUUGUAAGGUAAGGUAAAUAAUUUAACUAAAUUAGAUAGCUCUUGGAUAGAUCUUUUGCAAUAAUAUUUACCUAACAAUAGUGAUGCUUAGAAUACUAACCAACCUAAUCAGGAAAAUUAAUUUUUACUGGCUUUGCUAUAGUUAUAAGAAUAAUCUUUGCUUGAUAUAGUAAAUAAUCUGUAUUCAGAACUAUAAUUUAUUCCUAAAUUAGUUUUGUAGCGUUUAUAUUAGGAAUAAAAUAACUAAAAGUAGAAUCCAAUUUUUAACAUCUUAGCAUUUCCUAAUCAAUAAAAUGAAAUGAUCUUUCAAUGGUUUGGAAAGUAAGUUUGUCUAAGUAGGAUUUUUAAUAAUUACAUCAUAAAUUAUAUUAAUUAGAGCUUAGCGAUUGCCCAUAAUUCUAAUAAUUAACAACAUUUUUAAUAGUAGUAGUUGCAAACUUUAGAAAAUUUAUAUUAAUCUCUAUUUUUACUAUUGUUGCCUUAUUUUUGUGAAAAGGAAAUGAAUGAAUUACAAAUUUCAACAGUUAGCUAAUUUAAAUUGUAUUUUUUAAAAUAUUUCAGACAACUUAAUUAUGGGCUUAGCUAAAAGCAACAUUAUAUAGCUUAAAUUUAAGAACAAGUAAAGAAUAAAAUAUUGAAUAAUUUUAUUUAGGAACAAGAAUUCAUUGAAAUAAAAGAAAUAAACUAUGAUAAUUUAUAGUUUCAAAACAAUAUAGUAAGUGUAGAAAGAGAUUUUUAAAAUAAAAUUCUAAGAUGGAGAGUACAAUUAUAGGACAGAUAUUAAAUCAUGUUUGGAAAAAAUGAUAAAUUUAUUGAUUCAAUGAGUUAAUCAACACUACAUUUUUUAAGAGACUCAAAUACUGUAAAAAUGGUAGAGGUUUCCAUCGUAUUAAAUGAUUAGAUUUAAUAGCAAAAUUAAUAAGAGUUUAAAGACUGCUGCCUAAAAGUUAAUAUCAUCUUUUAGUAAUCUAUUGAUACUCUCUUUUUCCUUUCUUCUAACAUUUAGAGCAGUUAUUUAUUCUACCUAACCCUCUUUGUAUUGAGAAACUACCAUACUUAAGAAAUUUCUAUCAUUAAUAAAAUAAAUUAAAACUUGUUUAAUUUAGACUUUGAGUAGUACAAUUACAAAUUACUAGAAUUUAUAAAUUCUCUUGAACAAGAAAUUGUGAAUUAUAAUUUAGAGUAAGAGUAACUAAGGAUUUAAUAAUAAUAAUAAAAAGAAUUGGAAGAUAGAUAAUAUUAAUAAAGUUUACCUUAAUAAUCAGUUGAGAAUAGAAACUAACUCUAAUAAGAUAACCAAACUUAGAAGAUAGAUAAUACUUGGAAUUAAAAUAAUUACUUACCUUAGAUCGAUUCAACGCUUUAAAGCUAAUCAACUCAUUUUUAAGCUCAAUUUGAUGGUCAAAAUAACAACUAUAACCAAAAUGUGAAUUUACAAUUAUAACAAUAAUAAUUCUAAAAUUAAAAUCUCAAUUAUCAAUAAAAUUAUUACAAUAAUUAAGGGUAUUAGUAAUCUUAAGAUUUAAGAAAUGAAAGAAAUCCAGAAAACACCAACUAAUAAAAUGUUUGUAAGCAAUCCUAAACAUAAUAUUAAAAUAUCAACCAAAUUGAAUAUUAACAAAAUAAUUAACAAUAAUAUAUGAAUCAAUAAUAAUAAUAAUAAUAAUAAUUUUAAAAUUAAAAUCUAAUUUAUCAAUAAAAUUAUUAAAAUAAUUAAGGAUUUUAGUAAUCUUAAGAUUUAAGAGAUGAAAGAAAUUCAGAAAACAGCAACUAAUAAGAUGUUUGUAAGCAAUCCUAAACAUAAUAUUAAAAUAUCAACCAAAUUGAAUAUUAACAAAAUAAUUAACAAUUAUAUAUGAAUCAAUAAUAAUAAUAAUAAUAAUUUUAAAAUUAAAAUCUAAUUUAUCAAUAAAAUUAUUAAAAUAAUUAAGGAUUUUAGUAAUCUUAAGAUUUAAGAGAUGAAAGAAAUUCAGAAAAUACCAACUAAUAAAAUGUUUGUAUGCAAUCCUAAACAUAAUAUUAAAAUAUCAACCAAAUUGAAUAUUAACAAAAUAAAUAACAAUAAUAUGUGAAUCAGUAAUAAUAAUAAUAAAUUUAACCUAAAAUCUCUUAAUAGAACUAAUAAAUUCGUUAACACGUAACUCAUUUAGUUGCAGCUGGAGACUUUGCAUAUGGAUUAGGAGCUUGCUAGGAUUUCUAAUUUUGUUAAUAAUAAAUUUUUUAUCAAGAAGGAAACAAUUUAUAAAACAAAUAAAUUAGCAAUAGAAAUACAUAGGCUUUAUUAAAUUAAUAAUUUUAAUCUUAAAAAUGUUAAAAUUCUUAAAAUAAUUCCCUUAAUAAAUCAUAAUAUGAACUUUAAGAUUAAAGAAAUCUUCAAUAGUAGGGAAAACCAUACUCAAUCGAGAAUAAAAACGAGUAUUAAGAAAAGGAAAUUAAAAAAUAAUAAGAAGAUAAUUUGAGUUUGUAGCUUUAAAAUAAUAGCUAAUUAUCAUUUUAAAAUUAAAUUGGUUAGAAUUAUAACCCAUUUUAAGUGCAAAAUUAAAAUAUGUAGAAAGAGUUUAAACAAUCAGAUGAAUCAGACAUAAAAUCAUAGCCUUCAAAUUACUCUAAUAUAUCUUUGUAAGGAGACAAUAACUAAUAAUAAUCAAACAUGUAAUAAAAUUAGAGCAAUGGUAUAUAAAAUUUUAACUAAGGUUAAAAUUUCUAAUUUGAAGAGAGAAAAAAUGACUAUAAUUAAAUUACACUUAUAACGAACAGCUAAAGCUAAGUGUGCAGCUAAACUUCUACGAAAUAAGAUUUUAAAUAGGAAAACUUAUCUUCAUUAUAAUUAUAAAAUUAGCUCAAUUAAAAUUACAAUUAAUUAGAUCCCUCCAAAAUAUCUUUGUAAGAAGGCAUUAACUAAUCAUAGUCAAACAUGCAGUAAAAUCAAAGCAAUUAUAUCUAAUAUGCUAACUAAGCUUAAAAUUUCUAAUUUGAAGAGAAAAAAAAUGACUAAAAUUAAAUUAUACUUACUACGACGAACAGCUAAAGUUAAUUGUGCAACUAAACUGCUAUCCAAUAAGAUUUUAAAUAGGAAAAAUUAUCUUCAGGAUUAAUAAAAAACGAAUUCAAUUAAAAUUAAUAAUUUGAUUAAGCAAGCAAUUAAAAAGAGGCUUUCAAAAUUUAAAAUGAAGAAAAAGCUAUCAAUUAAAAUACUGAAAGUUGUAUUAAUCUUUAGUAAAUGGGUACAUAAUAAAAUAGUCAGCCUAAUUUAGAUGAAUAUGAAAUUAUUUAAUCAUAUUAAUCUAGUUAACUAAAUAGUAAUUUGGUAAUGUAAGAAUAGGAUAAUCUGGUUAUAGUUGACUAAAUAGAUUAAAUAGAUUAAAUUAACAUUUAAUUUAAAGAAAGCAUUUAAUUUCACAAAAAAUGA